AGAACAAGAGUGAAGAAAUAUGGAAUCAACCAGACCCAUUUUACUUUGGUCCUGACAAAAAUCGAGGAAAAGAUUGCGAAGGAAGGAAAGAAAAAGAGGAAAGAAUAACACCCAAGCAAAAAGAUCGGCUACAUAGCUUUGAGUAAGAGACACGAAAGAGAGAAGAGAAGAAAAAAAAGGAAGGAUGGAUUUGAGAAAGAACAAGCCUUUUUUUACAAAAAGGGAAAGGAGAAGGGAGAUGUUAGUGCCAGUUCUAAAUUUCUGGGACUGGGAGAGAGGGAAACAGUCAGGCACGCAGAGCAGUGAUUCCGACACUCAAGACUCUGUUUCGUCUCCUAAUUCGGUGCAGUGUUUCCUUGGUUUCCUCCUCCAGCCUCCCCCCCUUCCUCACCACGUCAUUUAGGAGCUAGUGACGUAGGGUUCCCCCAAGCCCAUGGAAGCAGGGGGGGAGGGGGGAGCGCUGGCUCUGCAACCCUCUCCCUCCAUUGAUCUGAACAACUCCUCCCGCCCCGUUCUCCUUAAUAUGCCAGUGCCCACACUUUCAACCGCCUAUAAAAGAUGGAAAGCAAGCAUCUUCGACAGAUCCACAGGCAGGCAUCAGAGAGAGAAAGAGACGGAAGGCGGCUGAGCUGCACGGAUCUUCUUCCCAGCCGAGAUGUACCGGUCCACGAAAGGAGCCUCCAAGGCACGGCGGGAUCAAAUCAACGCGGAGAUAAGGCAUCUCAAGGACCUGUUGCCCAUUGCCGAAGGAGAUAAACUCCGGCUCUCUUAUCUGCAUAUCAUGUCGCUGGCUUGCAUCUAUACUCGGAAAUCCAUCUUCUUCUCCAAAGGUGCAACUCUAGAAGGCUUGGAGAGCAUGCUCUCUUCCCAGGACUUAGACGACUUCAUGCAGACCCUUCCCGGCUUCCUUUUGGCAUUCACGGGCGAAGGCAAACUCAUCUAUGUGUCGGAGAGCGUGGCCGAGCACUUGGGGCAUUCUAUGGUGGAUUUAGUGGCCCAAGGAGACAGCAUCUACGACAUCAUUGACCCGGCCGAUCAUAUUGUGAUGAAGACUCAGUUGGCGUUGCCUUCUCCCUUAAGCACCGAACGUCUCUUCCGUUGCCACUUCAACACUUCCAAGACAAUUCGGCGUCAAAGUGCAGGAAAUAAGCUGAUUCUGAUUCGUGGUCACUUCCACCAACCUCCUCCGGGUUCUUAUUGGUCCACCAAUCCUAUCUUCACGGCCUUCUGCACUCCUCUAGAUCCGAAGCCCAGAAUGGGUCAAAAUGCGUUCUUCCUGUCCGCUUUUGAGAGUCGCCACACGAAAGACUUGGCCAUCAUGGAUAUCUCUGAAAGCGUAAUCUUCCAUCUGGGCUUUGAGAAAACCGAACUCUUCUGCAAAUCGUGGUACGGCUUGAUCCAUCCAGAAGAUCUGAGCCACGCUUCGGCGCAGCAUUACCGACUGUUGGGGGACCAGAGCAACGCGCAAGCCGAAAUGGUGAUCCGGCUACAAGCGAAAGAUGGCGUCAGCUGGAUAUGGGUCUACUCCCUGCUUCGCUUGGAGAACGCGGAGAUCCCCAUCGUUUCUCACAACUACGUCAUCAGCGAUUCCGAAGCCUGGUGCCUGAAACAGCAACUCUCGGCCGAAGGAUCCCAAGGCCCAUACGGUCUUGAAAGCACCACCACCUUCUUGGAAAGUCUUCUAUCUCCUGGACAGCUGUCCAGCCCCGAUCAAGUCUUCACGCCCGCGGCCGGCACGCCUACCACCACUCUCCUGGCCUCGACCUUCGAUUUCAGCACCGUCGGGGUCCCCGAAGGCCCCUCGACGUUCAGCAAGCCUCCGGAAGGGCUGCCCGAAGAGACGAUGGACCCUGGCAAUAUCUCCUCCAUUGAGGACGCCCCGCCAGGUUCCUCCCUCAGCCUGCUGGUCAAAGAACCAGGCUUUGGGUACGUCAUCCUCCCGCAAGGAGGUUACGGACAGGCGUUUGCAAGCGAGAAGCCCGGCGGCAAACCCAAGUCCAAAGAUUUGGUCUGCACUCCUCCUUACACCCCACACCAGAGUUCACCUUUCCUCUUUGGAACUCCGGAGCUUUACGGAGCCCAGGGCGCAGGUGGUCCUGCGGCCCUGCCUCUGGCGACGGCUUCCAGCACCAACUCCCCCGCCGCCCUCGCCGCCGUGACUGAGCUGUUCUAUGCCCAAGAACCCUGCAAUGUUCUCUAUGAGAAACUCCCCCCGACGCCGGACAGCCCCGGUAAAGGGGGCUGCGCUGUCAUGAGCUUGCCGGAGAUCCGAGGUCCCCUCUAUGUUGACGUGCCUAUGGUACCCGAAGGGAUCUUGACUCCGGAGGCCUCACCCAUCAAGCAAACGUUCUUCCAAUAUUCCGAGAAGGAGAAGAACGAGAUUGAACUGCUGGCUCAGCAGAUCUGCAGCCUGGCCGAGACGUUCGGCUCCGCUGCUUCCCAAGAGCUCGCCGAGAAUGACCCGGAAGGUUUCCGAGAGGACCCGCCAUGCUCCGGCCCUGAACUCUCUCCCGCGCCGCAACCUUGCCCGGAAUUCCAACUGCCCAAAACCUGGAGGAGCGUCGACUUCUCUCUCUUGACCUGCCUGGAGGAUGAUCUCCUGGACGACAACGCUCUCGAGGCCCUCCUGCAAGACCUGUCAUCCUUUCUGUUUGAGAAAGACGGGGCAGGGACGAGGUGCCCUCGCCACCAGUUCUGCGGUGGCGACGUCAGUAGUCCACUUGGCUUGGACACCGAAGAUAGUAGUAGCCCAGGAUGCUUUGCUCCCUCGCCAAGGAUGGACUUAGCUCCAGAACAGCCGCCGUGUUUUCUGGAAGACCUGACCUCCUUCGAAACAGCCUUUGAGACACGUGCCUCAAACUCCCCCUGUGAGGGGUUAGAUGAGUUGUAUCAACUCCAGAGCCAAAGGCCGAAAGGCUUCCAGGAAGCACUAACUCGGGAAAACUUUGGCGAGAACAGUGGUACAGGAUAA